CAUCUUACUAUCGAAUUUGCCACAAAUCUCGACUAAAAGUUGAUUGCACCUAGUACGUUUAGAAACGAACCAGUCGCGUUAUACGUUAUCGAUGAAUUUUUCUUAAAUUUUUUUUAUUUCGUGUCGGUUAAAUACUCGUACGAGUAUAAUAAUUUUUUCCAACAUGUUUUUCAAUUUAAAUACCAUUAGCCUUGUAGGCAUUGUAAUCGCGUUAUUUUGGUAUUUUAGCAGAUCCACCUUCAAUUACUGGAAAAAAUUAAAAAUACCCUAUAAAAAACCGGUGGCAUUUUUCGGUAACGCGUACGAUUUCGCAUUAUUCAAAGCGUCAUUUCACGAUAACCUUCAUUCAAUUUACAACCAUUUCCCCGAUGACCCAUUCGGAGGAUUUUUCGAGAUGCGUUCGCCAGUUCUACUGCUCAAAGAUCCUACCAUCGUAACGCACGUGCUGAUAAAAGAUUUUAAAUCGUUUGUAAAUCGCGGAUUCACUUUCACGGUACCGGAUAAAGAACUGAAUCCAUUUUCCGGCCACUUAUUUUUGUCCGAUGGAGACCGAUGGCGUGCUCUGAGGAGUAAAAUGAGCCCAGUGUUCACUUCGGGUAAAUUAAAAUACAUGUACGAGCAAAUUUUUCAAUGUGUCGGUGUCCUCAAUCAAUUCGUGGAGAGAAAUUUGAAGAACGAUUCGUGCGAUGUGGACGUGAAAGAGUUAUUCGAACGGUUUACUAUUGAUGUGAUUGGAACGUGCGCUUUUGGUCUGGAAUGUAAUUCGUUGAAAGAUUCUAACGCCGAAUUUCAAGCUAUGGGUGUUAAAAUUUUCAAACCAACCUUUGCGAAUGCCAUUCGUGUUCUAUUUAGUGCCUUUAGUCCGAAAUUAAUUGUGUUUUUCAAGAUUGCCGAUGUGAAAAAAGAAAUAACCGAGUUCUUCCUUAACGUUAUCCUUAGCUCGGUUACGUAUCGUCGGAAAAACAACGUUGAAAGGAAUGACUUCUUGCAAUUGUUGAUGGAGUUGCAGAACACCAGUUCGGAUCCGAAAUAUAGCGUUGGUGUUCGAAACAGUAGUGUAUUGAAGGGUGAGGAAUUCGACGAAAUAGACGUGGCAGCAAAUGCUUUCCUCUUUUUUGCGGCCGGAUUUGAAACGACCGCUUCGACGUUAAGUUUUUGCCUGUACGAGCUCGCCAUUAACCAAGAUAUUCAAGAAAAAUUGAGGCAAGAAGUGGAAACUGUGAAAACGCAAUGCGGCGGAAAGUUGACCGCUGAAUGUUUGAAAGAUUUCAAUUACAUGGAUAUGGUUUUAGCAGAAACUUUACGAAAAUAUCCGCCUUUACCGGUGCUGCAUCGAGAAAGCGUCGAAGAUUACGUCAUCCCUGAUACGAAAAUCAGACUUCCAGCUCGUACCAAAAUACAAAUACCGGUGUAUUCGAUUCAUCACGAUUGGAAAUAUUAUCCGAAUCCGGAAAAAUUUGAUCCGGAAAGAUUUAACGCCGAGAAUAAACUCAGUAGAAUGAAUGGAACUUAUAUUCCUUUCGGAGAUGGACCCAGAUAUUGUAUCGGUAAACGUUUUGCUUAUAUGGAAAUGAAAGCUGCCUUAGCUGAUAUUAUGACCAAAUAUGAAUUUUCUCCGUGUAAUAAAACCCAGAUUCCUCUUUCCUACAAGCACGGGUCCAUUUUAAUGUCGCCUAAAAAUGGAAUUUGGCUUAAUAUUUCAAAAAUCAAGUAAAAAUGAGAUAUUUGUAAUGCUCAAUUCUUUACUUAUUUAUUCCUGUUCUUAAUAACAUAAUCCUAAAUCUACACAGAUAGCCUAUUACCUAUUAUGUAUUAUAUUAUGUUCUUGAAGCCGGUGAUUAUUUGUAAAAUAUUUUUAUGUUACCUAGAUCUAAGUAUAAAUUUAUCUGCAGUAAAUCCAGCCUAUAAUGAGUUUUUAAUGAAUGAAAAAAGUAUCCAUUCGUUGUGAUUUAAUUUAAUUUUGUAAAAAUCGUAUGUCUUUAUACUUAUAGUAAAUACUUACUUAAUUUUUAAAAUUUGUAUUUGCGUCUUUUCAAAUUCUCGGUGUAAAAAAACCAUGCCGAUAAAUAAUUAUUUUCACGUU